UCCCAGUGUCAGUGUUAUUGAUUAUUGAGAAACUUAGAGAGACUUUUCCACUUAAUGAAGGACUGAUCUCACUUUCGGUUUUACUAUGGUCUAUCGCCUUACCUGCUGUCUCCAAAUCCAUGGGAUUUUUAAUUUUUGCACCAUGGAUUAUCACAAUCAUCGUAGCUGUGGUGACACUGAUAAUUGGAUACAGAACUGUAAAACGGAGUGCGAAAGUGAGCAUCAUACUAUUGAGCGUCGCUGGUGGAAUCACAGUGUUGGGUAUCAUUCUGUUGAUUGCUUUUAGACUUGCCCAGCGUGAAACAACUGCAGUUAUUCUGUCUGGCAUAUUUUUGGCUUCCGCUGUACUCAUAGUGUUAUACCUCACUGGACAAGGUAUAAAACGUUGCAACAAUGAAACAACGAGGACCCUUCUACCAAUGUGGUUAGCUCUAAUUACUUGGGCAGCAAUUGUUUAUUUAUUCAUCUCCAUAGCUGUGAUGUUUAUGGAAGGCAAAACGGCGAG